CCCCGUUCUUCCUUUUAGAAUCUGAAACCUCAAGUGGUGGCUCCUCUCAUGCCACGUGCUCCAUCCUGUGUGUCUUACAUCUGGUUGUGGGUCUCAACAGAGCCACUUGUUUUUUUUUUUUUUUUUGUAGUUUUUUUUUUGCUGUACCAGAAGCUGAAGUAUUUAAGUCCAAACUGAAUGCACCCAAGGACCAGCUUUCAUUCAUGACAGAGUCCAAGGAAGUUUUUCCUUUCUUUCGACCAUGUUUCUAUAAAUCUGGAAGGCCCUAAAAGACACCAGUCUUAUUGUUGUUUAAGUUGUACAAUAUGAAGAAACAGAGAUAAAAUGGGAUCAUUGGUGUCCUACUUUGAUCAGAUGUGUGGGCAGCAGCAAAAGAAAGAGGAGGAGAGACUCUUGCGGGCCAACGACAGACCUUUCAACCUGUCCUAUCGCUAUACAAAUAACGCCAUUAAGACAUCCAAGUACAACCUCUUCACCUUCCUGCCACUCAAUCUUUUCGAGCAGUUCAGGAGGAUCGCCAACAGCUACUUCCUCUUCCUCUUUAUACUUCAACUCAUCCCACAAAUCGCCUCACUCUCCUGGUUCACCACAGCCGUCCCUCUUGUUUUGGUGCUCUCUAUAACAGCGGUCAAAGAUGCCACCGAUGACAUUAACAGGCACAAAAGUGACAAACAAGUGAACAAUCGCAAAGUCAGCGUCCUGAUUGAUGGAGAACUUCAAAAUGAAAAAUGGAUGAAUGUUCAGGUUGGAGAUGUCAUUAAAUUGGAAAACAACCAGUUUGUUACAGCAGACCUUCUUUUACUCUCGAGCAGUGAGCCUCUAAAUCUGGUCUACGUGGAAACAGCAGAACUAGAUGGUGAAACCAAUCUGAAGGUGAAGCAGGCACUGACUGUCACAGGCGAGAUGGGGGGCAGCAUUGAAGCACUGGCCAGCUUCAAUGGCGAAGUCAGAUGCGAACCCCCAAACAACCGCUUGGACAAAUUCAAAGGGACACUCGCAGUCAAUGGUCAGACGUACUCUUUGGAUAACGACAAAGUUCUUCUCCGCGGAUGCACUCUGAGAAACACUGAGUGGUGCUUUGGACUGGUCAUCUUUGGAGGUCCGGACACAAAGUUGAUGCAGAACAGCGGAAAGACGACGUUCAAACGCACGAGCGUCGACCACCUCAUGAAUGUCUUGGUGCUUUGUAUCUUUGGUUUCCUGGCAUUAAUGUGCUCCGUUCUCACCAUUGGCAAUGCAGUCUGGGAGAUAAAAGAGGGCUUGGCGUUCACCGUGUUCCUCCCUCGGGAACCUGGCGUCGAUGCUCCUCUCUCAUCCUUCCUUGUCUUCUGGUCUUACGUCAUCGUGCUCAACACGGUGGUGCCUAUAUCGCUCUACGUCAGUGUGGAGAUCAUCCGUCUUGGGAAUAGUUUCUACAUUGACUGGGAUAGGAAAAUGUAUUACCCGAAGAAUGACACUCCUGCUCAGGCGAGGACCACAACUCUGAAUGAGGAGCUGGGUCAAAUCAAAUACAUCUUCAGCGACAAGACGGGCACCCUGACGCAAAACAUCAUGGCGUUCAAUAAGUGUUCGAUCAAUGGCAAAAAUUAUGGUGAACUGUUAGACUAUUCAGGACAAAGGAUGGAAAUAACAGAGAAGACACCAAGGGUUGACUUCUCAUGGAACCAGCUGGCCGAUCCGAAGUUCAUUUUCCAUGACCACAGUUUGGCGGAAACCGUCAGGGAGGGUAACUUGGAGGCUCAGGCCUUCUUCCGUUUGUUGGCUCUGUGCCACACUGUGAUGCCUGAGGAAAAGAAAGAGGGGGAGCUUUACUACCAGGCUCAGUCCCCUGAUGAAGGCGCUCUGGUCACUGCUGCUAGAAACUUCGGAUUUGUGUUUCGAUCACGCACACCGGAGACCAUCACAGUCGUGGAGAUGGGCAAGCAAGUCAUAUAUGAACUUUUGGCAGUUUUGGACUUCAAUAAUGUGCGCAAAAGGAUGUCUGUCAUCGUUCGUAACUCUGACGGGAAGUUAACGUUAUACUGCAAAGGAGCAGACACCAUCAUCUAUGAGAGGCUUCAUUCUUCCUGUAACAAACUAAUGGGUGUCACCACCAGACAUCUCAAUGAGUAUGCAGGCGAUGGUCUGCGCACAUUGGUUCUUGCGUAUAGGGAUUUGGAUGAGCACUACAUAAAAGAGUGGAUGCAGCGUCACCAUGAGGCCAGCACCGCCAUCGAUGGAAGAGACGAGAAACUCGAUGGAUUGUAUGAAGAGAUUGAAAAAGACUUGUUGCUUCUGGGAGCAACGGCUGUUGAAGACAAGCUGCAGGAUGGUGUCCCACAGACAAUAGAGCAGCUGGCCAGAGCUGGCAUCAAAAUAUGGGUGUUGACUGGAGAUAAACAGGAGACGGCUGAGAAUAUUGGCUAUUCCUGCAAUAUGUUGCGAGAGGAGAUGAAGGACGUGUUCAUUGUGUCAGCAAAUACAGAGGAAGGAGUGAGAGAGGAGCUAGUAUGUGCAAGAAGGAAAAUGUCACCAACAGCAGCAGAGACACCAGUUGUUGCCAAAGCUCGUGCAGGACUUUUCUGGCUUCAAAAGACAGAAACUGUUCAUGAUGACAAAGUGAAUGGAGAAUAUGGUCUUGUUAUCAAUGGACACAGCCUGGCCUUUGCCUUGGAGAAAGGUUUGGAGUUGGAACUGUUGAGGACCGCGUGUAUGUGCCAAACUGUGAUUUGCUGUAGGGUCACCCCACUACAGAAAGCCCAAGUUGUUGAACUGGUCAAGAAAUACAAACAGGCGGUCACUCUGGCCAUUGGGGAUGGCGCCAAUGACGUCAGCAUGAUCAAGGCUGCACACAUCGGCGUUGGUAUCAGUGGUCAGGAGGGCAUGCAGGCCGUUCUGUCCAGCGACUUCUCCUUUGCCCAGUUCCGCUACCUGCAGCGUCUCCUGUUGGUGCACGGGCGCUGGUCGUACCUGCGCAUGUGCAAGUUUCUUCAGUAUUUCUUUUACAAGAAUUUUACCUUCACCUUCGUGCAUUUCUGGUAUGCCUUCUUCUGUGGGUUCUCAGCACAGACUGUAUAUGAUGAGUGGUUCAUCACCAUGUACAACCUAGUGUACACAGCUCUCCCUGUCCUAGGCAUGAGUCUUUUUGACCAGGAUGUAAAUGAUCGCUGGAGUUUCCAGUAUCCUCAGCUCUACUCACCGGGGCCUGUGAAUGCUUAUUUCAAUAAGAAGCUCUUUGUCCGCUGCAUGAUCCACAGUUGCUACAGCUCCCUCAUCCUCUUCUUCAUCCCAUGGGCAGCCAUGCAUGACACAGUCCGAGAUGACGGAAAAGAUAUUGCAGAUUACCAGUCCUUCGCUUUACUGGCACAGACCUGUUUGCUUAUUGUGGUCAACAUCCAGCUGUGUCUAGACACCCAUUACUGGACAGCUGUGAACCAGUUCUUUGUGUGGGGAAGCCUUGCAGUCUACUUUGCUACCACGUUCACCAUGUACAGCAACGGCAUGUUCCUCAUCUUCACCUCCACAUUCCCGUUCAUUGGCACAGCGAGGAACUCUCUGAAUCAGCCUAAUGUAUGGCUGAUUGUACUCUUAACAACACUCCUCUGUAGUCUGCCAGUGGUGGCUUUCCGUUUCACUUUCAUUCAGCUUCAUCCAACCGUCAAUGACAAGGUGAGACAUAAAGUACGUAAGGAGGCCCUGCCAGCUCCGGCUCCCCGUCGUCCGCCGGUCAGGCGAAUCAGCACCAGGCGCUCGGGCUACGCUUUCUCUCAUGCUCAAGGUUACGGUGACCUGGUGACAUCCCGAAGAUUCCUGCUGAAGCGUCCUCUAAAGAGUCGUCACAUUUUGUUCAAACAAGCAGAUUCUCCUCUGGCACAGAACCAGCCACAACACUAUCGCGCCAUCACAGAGGAGCCGGAGCAGACGGUGCGCUGCUAGUCCAAAAGUACAAACUCAAUGAGGUUUUAUUGCAGGGUUCAUGAGCAAGACGAAGAUUGCUACAUGAAUGGGUUCUGAAACAAACUGUUAUACAGUAUUUACAUGUAACUGUACUUAUACUAAUGCUGUUCUUACUUAAAUAAUUGUGUAAAAAUAGGGAGCGUGAGAUUGGUCUUUUUUUUUCAUUAAAGGGAAAGACUGUUUGUCUUGAGGUCUGAAUUCGGGUUUGGUUGGUGUUGAAUUACUUUUACUGGUUAUCAAGUUUUGUAACUUGUUAAAUAAUGUGACAAAUCUUAAACAGUAAAUAAAUAAAUUCUCAAUCAUUAUAUCUAUCCAUAAUGACUACUUUUGAAAUACAAUACAAAAUAUAAACCCUGAGUCACUUCCCAAGAUCAUUUUGAUAAACAUUUUCAGAAAAUCUAUUACUUUAGCUCUAUCUUUAUCAGGAGCAUGGUGAUAAUGUGUUUAGCACAUGUGCCUCUCAAUGAAGAGGUCAUGGGUUUGUUUGAAUCUCAGGCCUAAAAAAAAACAUGCAAAUGAUCAAAAUUAAAGAGUCGAAGUUGUUCACCGGUGAGAAUAUGAGUGGUUGUCUGUUCUAUACGUGCCCUAUGAUUGGCUGGCGACGAAACCAGAGUGUACUACUCCUCUCGCACCAAAUUAGCUGGUAUAGGGUCCAGCAGCU